CUUCCCAGUUCUAAAGCCCAAGAAGCUGGGAUUGUGGGACCCACGUACCCAAGGCUUCUAGUUGCCUUCCAUCUGCAUUCAGAGUGGGAAUGGGCUGGCUUCAGCAUGCGGUUAUUUCAGCAUUAAGGCCCCCACAAAUCAAAAGCAUUUGAGAAACGGAGAGAAAAAAAAAAGAAAACGGGGGGGGGGUGAAAACAGGAAGGCUUUAAAAAAAAAAAAAAAACACGGAAAGAAAUAGCCGCCCACCCUUAUUUUCCCUCCAAUGUCAACAAGCAAAAUGAAACAUUUCCAGGGUGAUCGCUCGCGGCUACUCGCUUCCAAUUCGGAUUAGAAGCUGAGGAGACGCUCGAGCGGCGAAGAGAAAACGACACCGAGUCACCCAGCGUGUGAGCGACGGUCUGGAGCAGGAGAGAAGGGGAAGGAAGAGACACAUAUACAUAGCAUGUGUUACCUGGUUUAUUUCGAGAUUGUUUGGUAUUGUUUUCUCUCUGAGCACCCCUCCUUUCGGAAGGCUCUCAUAGGCGCCCACCACUGAGCCGCCCCCGCCCGCCGCCGCAGCGCCGGGACCCCAGGCCCGGCUUCCCCGCGGCGCCCGAGCUCCGAGCUCGCCGCCGCCCGGCCGCAGGAACUGAGUAAGUAACCCCUGUUUGGCCCCCGCGCUCGCCAGCCCACUUCCUCCUCCUCAUCCCUUCGUUUCCAAACCCCAUCCAGACCCUCCUCCCCCCAAGGUGCAGGACACCCCCCUCCCCACACCAGGGGUGGGCCUUCCCUCCCCAACCAUCCAAAGCCUCGCUGGAGUGUUACCUACAAGGGGCACAAUUUUCCUACGGGCUCAGAAAUGCCGACCCGGGCCUGCAGGGCCGACUCGGGAAAGGAGCGCCUCGCCUCUUCCUCCUCCAUUUCCUGCCCUGUCCUUGCAUCCUCUCCCUGCACUCCCACUCUUCGCUCCACCACCGCUGCCGCCGCCGCCCCCGCUUUAAAAAAAAAAUAAAUAAAAUUGAAUACAAACUUUAAUCAAUAACGACAAAUAUUGACGCUCAAAAGAAAAUGACCCAAGACAGUGAGAAGGCAGCCAGAAGUGUGAGAUAUUUGUCCUAAGAGGGGGAUUUCGGUUGGGCAGACCCGCAGGGUGGAGGGGGUGGAGGGGGCGCAGAGAAGGGCCUCGGCGCAGCGUGCUCCCGGCGGCGUAUCCCUGCGCGGCUCCGCGCGGCCGCGAGGCCCAGGCCCGCGGUGAGGGGGAGGCGAGCGCCGAGGGGGCGGGAGCCAGCGGGCGGGGCGGGGGUGGGUGGGCCCAGAUCCGCCGAUUGGUCGACGGCAGGAGAGACGCUCCCGCACGCCGCCAGCUCUGAUUGGCCCAGCGGUAGGAAAGGUUAAACCAAAAAUUUUUUUACAGCCCUAGUGUGCGCCUGUAGCUCGGAAAAUUAAUUGUGGCUAUAGCCGCCUCGAUCGCUGUCUCCCCAGCCUCGCCGCGGCCGCUCCGGGACGCGCCCGCCCGCCGCCCGGCUCUCCCCCCCUUUGGGCUGCUGCUGCUGCUGCUGUGACUGCUGCUGCGAGAGGAGGAGGAGGAGGAAGCAGCAGAAGGGGGGGGGAGCGGGGGGUGGGGGGGAGACCAAGAAGUAGAGUUGGGAGCGAGGGAGCUUCACCCCCGGGGCGGUGGUUGUUUCUUUUUUCUCUUUCUUUCUUUUUUUCUUUUCCUUUUUUUUUUUUUUUUUUUUCUUCUAAUUCCUGAGGGGUGGUUGCUGCUUUUGCUACAUGACUUGCCAGCGCCGGAGCCUGCGGUCCAACUGCGCUGCUGCCGGAGCGCUCAGUGCCACCGCCGCCGCCCGCGCCGCCCGCGCCCCGCUCGGCACCCACCGGUCGCCGCCGCCCGCCGCGCCGCUGUCCCGCUCCCGCGCCGCCGCCGCCGCCGUUUCCCCCCCGACGACUGGGUGAUGCUGGACAUGGGAGAUAGGAAAGAGGUGAAAAUGAUCCCCAAGUCCUCGUUCAGCAUCAACAGCCUGGUGCCAGAGGCGGUCCAGAACGACAACCACCACGCAAGCCACGGCCACCACAACAGCCACCACCCCCAGCACCACCACCACCACCACCACCACCACCAUCACCCGCCGCCGCCCGCCCCGCAACCGCCACCGCCACCGCAGCAGCAGCCGCCGCCGCCGCCGCCGCCGCCCCAGGCACCGCAGCCCCCCCAGGCGCGGGGCGCCCCGGCAGCCGACGACGACAAGGGCCCCCAGCAGCUGCUGCUCCCGCCGCCGCCGCCGCCGGCCGCCGCCCUGGACGGGGCCAAAGCGGACGGGCUGGGCGGCAAGGGCGAGCCGGGCGGCGGGCCCGGGGAGCUGGCGCCCGUCGGGCCGGACGAGAAAGAGAAGGGCGCCGGCGCCGGGGGGGAGGAGAAGAAGGGGGCGGGCGAGGGCGGCAAGGACGGGGAGGGGGGCAAGGAGGGCGAGAAGAAGAACGGCAAGUACGAGAAGCCGCCGUUCAGCUACAACGCACUCAUCAUGAUGGCCAUCCGGCAGAGCCCGGAGAAGCGGCUCACGCUCAACGGCAUCUACGAGUUCAUCAUGAAGAACUUCCCCUACUACCGCGAGAACAAGCAGGGCUGGCAGAACUCCAUCCGCCACAACCUGUCCCUCAACAAGUGCUUCGUGAAGGUGCCCCGCCACUACGACGACCCGGGCAAGGGCAACUACUGGAUGCUGGACCCGUCGAGCGACGACGUGUUCAUCGGCGGCACCACGGGCAAGCUGCGGCGCCGCUCCACCACGUCGCGGGCCAAGCUGGCCUUCAAGCGCGGGGCGCGCCUCACCUCCACCGGCCUCACCUUCAUGGACCGCGCCGGCUCCCUCUACUGGCCCAUGUCGCCCUUCCUGUCCCUGCACCACCCCCGCGCCAGCAGCACUUUGAGUUACAACGGCACCACGUCGGCCUACCCCAGCCACCCCAUGCCCUACAGCUCCGUGUUGACUCAGAACUCGCUGGGCAACAACCACUCCUUCUCCACGGCCAACGGCCUGAGCGUGGACCGGCUGGUCAACGGGGAGAUCCCGUACGCCACGCACCACCUCACGGCCGCCGCGCUCGCUGCCUCGGUGCCCUGCGGCCUGUCGGUGCCCUGCUCCGGGACCUACUCCCUCAACCCUUGCUCGGUCAACCUGCUUGCGGGCCAGACCAGUUACUUUUUCCCCCACGUCCCGCACCCGUCAAUGACUUCGCAGAGCAGCACGUCCAUGAGCGCCCGGGCCGCGUCCUCCUCCACAUCUCCGCAGGCCCCCUCGACCCUGCCCUGUGAGUCUUUAAGACCCUCUUUGCCAAGUUUCACGACGGGACUGUCCGGGGGACUGUCUGAUUAUUUCACACAUCAAAAUCAGGGGUCUUCUUCCAACCCUUUAAUACAUUAACAUCCCGGGGACCAGACUGUAAGUGAACGUUUUACACACAUUUGCAUUGUAAAUGAUAAUUAAAAAAUAAGUCCAGGUAUUUUUUAUUAAGCCCCCCCCCAUUUCUGUACGUUUGUUCAGUCUUUAGGAUUGUUUAUUAUUCUAACAAGGUGUGGAGUGUCAGCGAGGUGCAAUGUGGGGAGAAUACACUGUAGAAUAUAAGGUUUGGAAGUCAAAAUUAUAGUAGAAUGUGUAUCUAAAUAGUGACUGCUUUGCCAUUUCAUUCAAACCUGACAAGUCUAUCUCUUAAGAGCCACCAGAUUUCCAUGUGUGCAGUAUUAUAAGUUAUCAUGGAUCUUUAUGGUGGAUGCAGACCUUGAGAACAACCUAAAUUAUGGGGAGAGUUUUAAAAUGUUAAACUGUAAUUUGUAUUUAAGAAGCAUUCGUAGUAAAGGUGCCCAGGAAAUUAUUUUGGCCAUUUAUUGUUUUGUCCUUUUCUUUAAAAAACUGUUUUUUUUUUCCUUUUGUUUACUUUUAGACCAAAGAUUGGGUUCUAAAAUGCACUUGGUAUGCUAAGUAUUAAAAAACAAAAAAACAAAAAAACAAAAAAAAAAAAACAAAAAAAGGAAAGUUGUUUCAGUUGGCAGCACUGCCCAUUCAAAUGAAUCGGAAGGGGACAAAAUUAAUGAUUGCCUUCAGUUUGUGUUGUGUAUAUUUUGAUGUAUGUGGUCACUAACAGGUCACUUUUAUUUUUUCUAAAUGUAGUGAUAUGUUAAUACCUAUUGUACUUAUAGGUAAACCUUGCAAAUAUGUAACCUGUGUUGCGCAAAUGCCGCAUAAAUUUGAGUGAUUGUUAAUGUUGUCUUAAAAUUUCUUGAUUGUGAUACUGUGGUCAUAUGCCCGUGUUUGUCACUUACAAAAAUGUUUACUAUGAACACACAGAAAUAAAAAAUAGGCUAAAUUCAUAUAUAUCUUGAUACUUUUGUCUCUUUUAUUAAAUAGAGCUAAUUUUUAAAAGACCAUUAAAGUUCUAGGGAAUUCAGAGGCUUUUUCAGCCAACUAAAAUUUAACUGCUCCUUCAUUUGAAUUGAGACUUUAAAAAUUAAAAUAGUAUUUUUUUCCAUUGUGGAAUCAAAUUUUACAAGGAGCAGGCUAUUUAAUAAACACAGCUUUAAAGAAAGUAUAGGCUUUUCAGCUGAUAUCUUCAAGUUUCUGUAGAUAUACAGCAAAAAAAAAAUAAUUUUAUGUGCAUAGCUAUUUACCUUGUGUUUAUUUUCAAAUCAGUUGAUAGAAUGCUUUUUAUAUAUUUUGUUUCAGGUAUCUUGUUUAUAGCAUUUGGCAAAUUAUAAAUAAAUAUAUGUAUAUGGUUAGAUAGAAGUGAAUAUAAUGCACACAUAUGUAAUAUAUAUAUAGACACACAGAGCCCUUCAGUUCAGGUAAAAUUUGCGCUAUGAAUGCUGCAAAUAUUUUUGUUUAAAUAUUUGUAUUUAUACUUUCUAAGUCAGCAUUUAUUUUUGUGGCUGUUUACCCACAAUGAAAGAGUUCUAAUAAAGAUGUGCUGAAGUUGCAAUAUAGAUUUGCUGAAGUGAUCACCUGUUGUAAUGACUUUCAGAUCAAUGUUUAUAUUUUAUUUUUAAUUAUAACAACUUAAAAUUCUAGAUGUUCAGAAGAAGUAAAAUGCCUCUCUCUCCUUUUCUUUCAUUUUUACAACAUAGAGGUAUUUAUUUGAUUCCCUUUUAAAUGUCUGUAUAAUUUAAUCUAGAGAUUUGUUCCUUUUGCUUACAGUCAUAAUUUUGUUUUAACUUACAGUAUACAUAUGCAUGCAUAUAUAUGCAUAUAUAUCAAUCUGAAACAAAAAACAUUUUUUGAAUUGUUUCAGCAUCCCAAUUGCUAUGGCUCCAGAAAAUAAUUAGAAAACCUAAGUAAAAGGUUUAGUAACUAAUUGGAUCCUGUGGAGAGUCUAUGGAGGACAAGUUGUUCAUUUGUUACAAUUGUAUAGUCUGAAAUGUGUUCUGCAGUAAUGCAAUAAGCUGGCUACUUCUUACAAUGGGCCCAAUGAAAAAUAAUCUGUCCCCAAGAUGUUAUCGGCAAACACUUAAGAGAGUUGCUCAGGGGGGAAAAAAAAGGAAAAAAAAAAAAAAAAGAAAAAGCUUAGGAGAAGCAAGCUGACUCAAAUAGAUUGAAAUAGAAAUGCAGAAUAGUUAAUAUUGGGACACAGGGAUGGGUGGGUUGUGGAAGGGAGAGACAGAGGAAGAGAGAGACAGAAGAAAGGGAAAAAGGAUGGGGGGGGGGGCAUCUCCUACUACCAAAAAGAAAGAAAGAGAAAGGAAGGAAGGAAAAGAAAGAAAGAAGGAAAGAAAGAAAGAAAAGAGUGCUCUCAAAGAAAGAUAGAAAGAUAAAGUCCAGGAAAAUUAAAAGAGGUGGAACCAAAUAUACACAAAUGGGAAAUAGACUAAAAUAUACCAAGACAGCUAGUUUAAUUAUCUCCUCUAAGCAGACUGGACAUGAUUUUAUUUUCUUAGUAAGAGAGCAGUUUCAAGCAGAGGUCCAACUUCUUGAUAUCUAACAGUUCUUCAAAAUGAAGCAUAAAAGAAAAUUCCACAAAUAAAUUGUUUUAGAAGCUAAAUUUAUGACUGACAUUAAAAAUAGUAAUAGAGUCCAAGUGAAUGAGGUUAGGCAAGGGAAAUCCCCAUUACAUAUUUGUGAACCAAAACAGCUCAACGAAAUGCAUGUGUUUACACUAAAAAAGGUGAUGAUGUAUUGUUUGCUAUUACCAUGGAUUUUAUUUGUGGAAUAAGAAUGUAUUGGCACAGAAGAAAUAGUUUUUGCCUAUCAAAAGUUAAAAAGAAAGUUUAACUCUUGUAUUGUGGUAAAAGGGACAUAGAGAAGAAAGAGUUCCUCCAUGAGUGUUU